AUGCCAGUCGCUCCCACAUCUGUGCAGUCAUACCGCACAUCGUGCGACCGAUGUCGACUGCAGAAACUGCGGUGCGUGCCAGUAUCUGAUGAUGACUGCUCGCACGCGUGUCAACGGUGCACGCGCGCCCGAAUGCCUUGUGUUUUCAGUCGGCGAGCUCCCAGUGGGCGGCAGCCCAAGAAGUUCGACAGGAUGGAAGAUAUUCCCCACACCUCCUUACCGGGAUCAAACGCAUCGACGCCGCCAUUGGAAUUUCCCAGGUUUCCCGCGUUGCGGGACAAUCCUUUGCCGCCGAUCACUGGUGUCGAUUCCAUCACCAACCAGCACAACCUGGCCGAUCGAGCGCUGGAUCCGAUGCUAGCGGAGCUGUUAUCCCAUACCCCGGGAGACAAUAUGGUCAUGCCCGUUCAUAUGUCAUUCCCUAUUCAAAAGGCACCAUGGUGGUUUUCGCCCGAGUCGUUGAGCCUAGAGCUUGAGCAUACAAAAUCGAGCAACUCCUCAGACCAAACAUACUUUAACCAAGCCGACACAAACCACACAGCAGAAGAACUCAACAUACCAAACACAAGGAGCAUAGUCCCCGAAAAUCUGAGUCCCUCGGACCAAAUUCAAUCCACUCAAGUCCGAGGGUUCUCUUCAAUCCUCGUCGCAAUGACGAACUACACAAGUGAUCUCCACCGGUACCGCGUAGCAAAGAUCGAUUCAAAACACAGCAGCAGUAUAUAUGACUACCCAAUCGGCGGAGCAACCUAUCUCGCACAGUGGUUACGUGAAAUUGUGUCUCGACAAAAAUGGACGCGAACCGAAUUUCCCAGCCCUAGCCCCGAUAGCGAUGAUCUCGUGGAUACACCCACCCUCCUGAUGAUUUUACCCUGCUACAUGUCCCUAGUGAACAUAUACGACACAGUGUUCUACGAUCUACGUCAGCUGUUAGCCAUACUUCCAGACCCGUCGUCAACAUCAUCCCGAGCUGAGCUACCGUGGGACCUGCGACUGGGUGACCUGCCUUUAACAAACGAUGGGUGCGUGCGGAUUUUGAACGCCGUGCAAAUAUUGCUUGAUGCGCUGGAUGCUAUUGAAAAUGAUAUCGGUAUGUGA